UGAACAUCCAUAUAUGUUGGAAGACCUAGAUCCAUAACGGGAUUCAAAUGGGGCAUCAGUCAGAGCAAGUAAGUGGACACUCCUCCAGGCAGCCUCCUCACAAUCAAAAUAGGAGUUGCUUCUGGCAGUAACAAGUGUCCAGUACUUGGCAUGGCAGCUGAGGGAAUUGUUCCUUUCCACAGUCCCUGCCUCAGGUGGAUUCACCAAUGAACUUGAAGCAUCCCCAUGACUUAGUCAUAUUAAUGAGACAAGAAACAACAGUUAACUACCUCAGAGAACUAGAGAAACAAUUAGUUGCUCAAAAAAUUCACAUAGAAGAGAAUGAGGACAGAGAUACAGGACUGGAACAGAGACAUAAUAAAGAGGACCCCGAUUGCAUCAAAGCCAAGGUUCCGUUAGGGGACCUGGAUCUGUAUGAUGGCACAUACAUAACUUUGGAAAGCAAAGACAUCAGCCCUGAAGAUUAUAUAGACACAGAAUCUCCUGUCCCUCCAGACCCUGAGCAACCUGAUUGUACUAAAAUUCUAGAACUUCCAUAUAGUAUACAUGCUUUUCAGCACUUGCGAGGUGUACAAGAAAGGAUUAAUCUUUCUGCACCUUUAUUACCUAAAGAAGAUCCAGUCUUCACAUAUUUAUCUAAACGAUUAGGAAGGAGUAUAGAUGACAUAGGUCACCUCAUUCAUGAAGGCCUACGGAAGAACUCUUCCUCAUGGGUACUGUAUAACAUGGCUUCAUUUUACUGGAGAAUAAAGAAUGAGCCAUAUCAGGUAGUGGAAUGUGCCAUGCGAGCACUUCACUUCUCUUCCAGGCGCAAUAAAGACAUUGCCCUGGUCAACCUGGCAAACAUUCUGCACAGGGCGCACUUCUCUGCUGACGCUGCUGUCGUAGUCCAUGCGGCUCUGGAUGACAGUGACUUCUUCACCAGCUAUUACACUUUGGGAAAUAUAUACGCAAUGCUUGGGGAAUAUAACCACUCAGUACUCUGUUAUGACCAUGCUUUGCAGGCCAAACCUGGGUUUGAACAAGCUAUAAAAAGGAAGCAUGCUGUCCUGUGUCAGCAAAAACUUGAGCAGAAACUGGAAGCUCAACAUAGAUCCCUCCAGCGAACACUGAAUGAGUUGAAAGAGUAUCAAAAGCAGCAUGACCACUACCUAAGACAGCAGGAAAUCCUAGAAAAACAUAAGCUGAUACAGGAGGAGCAAAUCUUAAGAAAUAUCAUUCAUGAGACACAGAUGGCAAAAGAGGCACAAUUAGGAAAUCAUCAGAUAUGCCGUCUUGUCAACCAGCAGCAUAGUUUACAUUGCCAGUGGGACCAACCUGUGCGCUACCAUCGUGGAGAUAUCUUUGAAAAUGUGGACUAUGUUCAGUUUGGUGAGGAUUCAUCAACUUCCAGUAUGAUGUCUGUGAACUUUGAUGUUCAGGCAAAUCAAAGUGACAUCAGUGAUUUGGUCAAGUCUUCUCCUGUAGCCCGUUCCAUUCUCUGGAUCUGGGGCAGUGAUUCUAAUGCAUAUAGGGACAAACAGCACAUUCUGUGGCCUAAAAGAGCAGACUGUGUAGAAAGCUAUCCAAGAGUCCCUAUUGGCGGGGAAUUGCCAACAUAUUUUCUGCCUCCAGAAAACAAAGGACUCAGGAUCCACGAGCUCAACAGUGAUGAUUAUUCUUCAGAGGAAGAGGCCCAAACCCCUGACUGUUCCAUAACUGACUUCAGAAAAAGCCAGACUCUGUCCUACUUAGUCAAAGAAUUAGAGGUCCGCAUGGAUCUGAAAGCCAAAAUGCCAGAUGACCAUGCACGAAAAAUUUUGCUUUCCCGUAUUAAUAACUAUACUAUCCCAGAAGAAGAAAUUGGUUCUUUCUUAUUUCAUGCUAUUAAUAAGCCAAAUGCUCCUGUCUGGCUGAUACUCAAUGAAGCCGGACUCUACUGGAGAGCAGUAGGAAAUAGCACUUUCGCUCUUGCUUGUCUUCAGAGGGCUUUGAAUUUGGCUCCACUUCAAUAUCAGGACAUUCCUCUUGUGAACUUGGCCAACCUUUUGAUUCACUAUGGCCUUCAUCUUGAUGCCACUAAGCUGCUACUUCAGGCUUUGACCAUCAAUAGCUCUGAGCCUCUGACCUUUUUGAGCCUGGGAAAUGCUUACCUUGCCCUGAAGAAUAUCAGUGGGGCACUUGAGGCCUUCAGACAAGCUUUGAAAUUAACUACCAAAUGCCCAGAGUGUGAAAACAGCCUGAAGUUGAUUCGCUGUAUGCAGUUUUAUCCUUUUCUGUACAACAUCACCUCUUCUGUUUGCAGUGGUAAUUGUCAUGAGAAAACCCUGGACAACAACCAUGACAAACAGAAAUACUUUGACAACUCAGAGUCACUGGAUGCUGCUGAAGAAGAGCCCUCUGUGGCAGGAACAGAGGAGGACCCUGUACUCUCUGUUGAGAAUUCAGGGAGGGACUCACAUGCUCUUAGACUUGAAAGCACUGUGGUUGAGGAAAGCAAUGGUUCUGAUGAGAUGGAAAAUUCAGAUGAAACUAAAGUGUCAGAAGAGAUACUGGCUUUGGUGGAUGAAUUUCAACAGGCAUGGCCUCUGGAAGGUUUUGGGGGAGCUCUAGAGAUGAAAGGGCGGCGUCUGGACUUGCAGGGGAUACGGGUACUGAAGAAGGGGCCCCAGGAUGGAGUGGCCAGAAGCUCUUGCUAUGGAGACUGCCGAAGUGAAGAUGACGAAGCAACAGAAUGGAUCACAUUCCAGGUCAAACGUGUAAAGAAACCCAAAGAUCAGAAGAAAACUCCUGCGAAAAAGGUGGAAUCAAAUCAAGCAGAAAAUAUGCAUCGUAAUCAAGGAAACCUAGAGAUCACUGGCCCGAAGGUGGCAUCUCCCGGACCACAAGGAAAAAAGCGUGACUACCAGAGUCUGGGAUGGCCCAGCCCAGAUGAGUGCGUGAAACUCCGCUGGGUAGAGCUGACUGCCAUCGUGAGUACCUGGCUUGCUGUUUCCUCAAAAAACAUUGACAUCACAGAACACAUAGACUUUGCCACACCAAUACAGCAGCCAGCAAUGGAGCCUCUUUGCAACGGCAAUCUCCCCACGAGUAUGCACACCCUAGACCACUUGCAUGGGGUUUCCAACCGAGCCAGCCUACACUACACGGGUGAGAGUCAGUUAACAGAGGUAUUGCAAAAUCUUGGCAAAGACCAAUAUCCACAACAGUCACUUGAACAAAUUGGCACCCGAAUUGCCAAAGUUUUGGAAAAAAACCAGACAUCCUGGGUCCUUUCCAGCAUGGCUGCCCUCUACUGGAGAGUGAAAGGCCAAGGAAAGAAAGCAAUUGACUGCUUACGCCAAGCCCUCCACUAUGCUCCACACCAAAUGAAGGACGUGCCCCUGAUUAGCCUGGCCAACAUCUUGCACAAUGCCAAGCUCUGGAACGAUGCCGUCAUAGUAGCCACCAUGGCAGUAGAGAUUGCACCACACUUUGCUGUGAACCACUUCACGCUGGGCAACGUCUACGUGGCAAUGGAGGAGUUUGAAAAAGCAUUGGUGUGGUAUGAGUCAACCCUGAAGCUGCAGCCCGAGUUCAUCCCAGCCAAGACCCGAAUCCAGACCAUCCAGUGUCACUUGAUGCUGAAGAAGUCCCGGCGCUCUCCGUAGUGCCCUCCUCCUCUCUCCCUCUCUCUCUCUCUCUCUCUCAUGCUCUUAUAAAGAAUAAGAAAAAGAAACAGUCAUUGUCAGUACCUACUCUUAAUGAUGUGUGUGAAAAUAACUGAGUAAGACUUAACAGCAGGACUUUUUGUGGGAAUUGGUUUGGUCUUGUUUUUAAGUUUCUUCUUUCCCCCAGCCAACCUCAGAAACACAAAUUUCUUAAAAGGAAAAUGCAGCUUAAAAAUACUGUGUAAAUACUGAGCCAAGACAUUUCUGGAGCUGUGCUCUGUCUCCAAAACCUCAAUGCCUCUAGGGCUUUUCUCAGUGGUCCAGCCAGCCGCCUGGCACACUCUGCUUCUGCCGUAGUCUCUGCUGUCAGUGGAAAAGCAAAAGCCCAUCUGGCGCCGGUCAGUGAGAGGCAGUGUUGUGCUUUCUCCCUGAGACCCCCAUGCUGUCCCUAGUCUUGUCACUUCUGUGCUGCUGUGUUACCAACUCAGAGGUAGUUUGCAGGGGAGGAAGGGGAAAAUGAUUUUUAAAACAAAAUAUUCACAACAAGAAAAACUUAGGAUCACCUGACCUUUGUAAUGUUAUUUAUGUGGGGAGGGAGGGGGGCUGAGGAGGGGACUCAGCAGUGUAUAACAUCGAUAUCGUUUGUACUUUAAUUACAAAUCACAAGGAAACCAAUUAAGUUGAAAUCCUAUAUAACAGGUUUAUAUAUAGAGAAUAUGUAUAUUUGAAGCCCUUUACAGACUGGGUCUGUGUUUUACUAAUUCUUUGUUCACUGUGUUACCCAUUUUGGAAUAAGGUGUGAAUGUCAGCUCCCUCUCUCUGGGGCCUUCAAACUUAGCUCUUCAGGAGAGAGUGGUGAGCCAAGAUUGAGUGUUUCCGUGCAAUGCUUUUACCUCUGGUCCCAGGAGAAUCAGAAACUCCAGACAUUUGGAAUCUUAAAGGGCACAUACUGAAAACAAAAAUAAAAGUUGUUUAUGAGCAAAAUAGGUCUGUAGUGCGGUUUUUCUAUAGACUCAGGCUAAUUUGGACAGCGCUGAAGCUUAACUAACCCUGGAUCUGAUCUUCUCAAGUCCUAGAUUCUCUAUUUCUUCCCGCAGCAGCAAGGUGAGGGGGAAAAUAAUCCAUCACUAGGUUUUAGAGUUGAUGAACUUAAUAGUAUGAUAUCUUUGGCCAAAAGGAUGCACAGAGUGUUGAGAGUUGGAUAUGUAACUCACCUUCCCAGAAAAGGAGGAAUAAUCACAAGCUCAUGGCCCCUGAGGUGAGCACUAAUCUAAAGUUCAUCCAAGUAAGUUUCAUGGGGAGCCUUGGUGAGAGGAAUACAGGGCACUCCCUUCGGGACAGGGCUCCACGGAGCACAGCACUUCUGUAGACUUUCCUAGGCUGUUGUCAGACAGCAGUUAUUUCAAAUACUGGGUCACUGGCCUUUGAGCAUUUGGGUCCAUCACAGACUGUCAUUACUCAGAAGCGGGUUAGCCCUCAGACAUUCCUGGGAACUCUCUCUGUCCUUUAUGCAGGUAGUGUCCAGCUAAUUCCAAACAAUUGUGUCAGAUGUAUUUUGAGAGCAAGCUUAUUUGUGGCUAAGUAAAGUAAACUUUUUUCACUGGGCAGAUCCUUA